AUGAUACUUCUCUCACUUCACUCUCAAUGUGAUGUGGAGCAGUGGUGCUCAUCUGGACUUUUACCUUUGCCAACACCAGAUGCUCGUGCCACUGUUGGGAAAAUGGAUAGCUUGACGUAUUAUCAUUGCAUGCUUUUCUGGGCGAGACUCUCACGUCUGAUUAUUAUACAGUCUCAGGAAGAAAAAGAAAAAGAAGAAGGAGGAGGAAAAGAGAGAAAGACUCUUCUUACACCUAAGGAAGCGAGUGAAACAUUAUAUUUUAUUCUGAAUAACAUCUGUUGUGUGCGGCUCACAGAGACACCACGUUGCCUUCCUAUUUGGCGUCUCUUGCAGGAAAUACUUGCGGAGUUGCUUUUAUUAGGUAACAAUGGUCUCAGCAACAACAGCAGCAGUAAUAAUAAUAAUAAUAUGAAUGCUUCUUCUUCUUUUUUUGCAAGUAGUGUAGUGCAGCGUAUGUCGGAUUACCUCCGUUGUUAUAUCAUUCGUUACUUGGAAAUGCGUGAUCGCCCGUUAGAAGGACAGUGUGGAUUACUUCAUUAUCGAAGUAUAUUUCUGCGAGAGUUUGGAGGUAUGAAUGGUGGUGAUAGUGUAAAUAUUGAAAAAGAAGUGGAACAGCAACUACCUAUACUCUCUGCGAGUGAUGUAUGUAAGGCAUUGCAAGAGUUGUGUGGUGGUGGUGUUGUUGAUAGCUGUAAUUCCAUUGAGGAGAUUUCCCUUGCCUCAAAUAGUAAUGUUAAUGGUGAUGAUAAUGAUACUUGUGUUACUUGUACAUCUACUGAGACUCCAUUGGAGUUUUUUGUAAAUCAUUACUUCCUCCGCAGUUCUCCCGAAGCGUUUGAUCGUGUUGGUAAGACAGAAUAA